UCUUUGCCAAAAGAUCGAAGAGCCGUGACGGUUGAUGCUCGACCCUCUGAUGAGGUAGUCACAGUGAAUCAGGACUUCAGUAAUAAUCUCAAAGUGAAUGAUCCGAAUGGAUACAUGGCAGGAAGACUACGCGAAACACCCACAAGAAAAGGAAACAAGAAAUGGUACGAUUCGACAGCCAUACCGUUCAUGGAUGAAGAUCCCCAAGCUGACCGUCUAAAUGAGAUGAUAUAA